AUGUUCAGCCCAACACUCAGCCCGCGCAAACCAAGACGAGUGACAUCGUCACCACCCUUACCCUCCCCCUCAUACGCGCCAAAGUCGCCGUCGAUACGGUCUCCGGCAAUCACUGCUCCUUCUCGCGACAAAGAUGUUCGGACAACUUCGCUCUCGCCUGACCUUACCCCGACCCCAGGACGCAAGCGAGGCCCAGUAUCUCCAUUGUCGUCCUACGAGCUUCAAAAGCAGACACUAGCCCUCUCUGACAACGAUUCGGAUAUCAGCUCUCUGGAGGAUACCUACAACAACUCGGCUUCCCUCUCAGUGUCUCAAAAGGUUUCCUUGCGGGCAUCUUUCACUUUGGACGCGAAUAUGAGCAUGGAUUUGGACAGCGCUACCGACGACGAGCUCCCUACGGUGGAUGAAGCGACCAAGGAAGCCCCUGCGGCGAACCGUUUUUUGAGCCAGGAUGGUGGCAAGAACAUCGAGGCCCACCGAAACGCGAAGGAUGAGCGUGAUCUUGAAGACAUCAUGUCGUCUCAUGCCGGAGCCUCCAAGGCAACGAAAAAAUCCAAGGCGGCGAUCCAGGCGGAGCAAAUACAAAUUCAGAUGGAGAAAGAGCGAUUGAUGCGGAGCUCCACGUUCAAAGUCGACCAACGGUUCAAGAAGCAGACACUGUCAACGCUAUUGGAAUCCGCCCAAUCGAAACUGACCAUCGCUUUGGACGAUAGCUCCGAAGAUGAGACUGAGCAGGAUGCAGAACGUCGGGAGGAAGAGGCUCAGUGGAAACACUCGGCAACAAAGGCACUCCUCCUUUCUUCCAUCCCCAAAAGGGAGCGCAGCUUGAUUUCUCAAGAACUCAAGGCAGGCACAGGACCUGUCCCAAUUGACCGUCGAAUCGAAUUGGAGAGGGCGCUCCAAAUGUCUCCACUCUCCAACAAAAUCCAAGACAUGAAUCUGAACAAAACACCAGCGACAUCCUCGUCCUCGUCCUCCCAGACAUUGUCAACAAGAGUCUCACCUCCACCAAAGCCUGACUUUUCCCAAAGUCUGGGUAUGAGGCUGACCUCUCCGCAGAGGAGCCAGAGAACUAACACCGUCGCCAACAUUCAACAGUUCAACCUCCAGAUGGAGCGACAACUCGCCAAAGCCCACCUUAUGCGGCGCAAGAAACUGGAGGACGAGGCCAAGAGAUCUGGAACGUGGAGAUCACCAGAGGAUCAUGCAGCAGAGCAGUUGAGGAUUGAAGAGAAACGGAGUCAAGGCCUUGAUCCAGACGAGGACGCCGAUGAUGAGGAAGACGGAGACUACUAUCCUGAGGGGAAAAUUGCCGAAGAAGGUGAUAGCGAAAUGGACCGCGGCAGCGACAAUCAACUUGGAUCAGAAGAGUCGGACAACGAGAUCGAAGGGGGGGAUGUUGAAAGGCUGGAGGCACCCGCUGUUGGCGACGGGGACGAGGUUCGCGGUGGCGAAGAUGGCGAAGAUGGCAAAGAUGGCGACGAUGACGACGAUGACGACGAUGGCGAGGAUGAUGAGGACAAGGACACCGAUGAGGAUGAAGAGGAGAUGGUUGCCCCGGUCAAGAAAACUCGGAGGAAGAAUGUUAUCGGAGACGAUGAAGAUCUCAAGGUCGUUAUUGUCGAUCGUAGCCAGGCCAUUGUAGAUUCAGAUAGCGACGACCAGGAUGGAGUCAGCGGAGCGGACGAAUUUGGUUCGGGUAGUGGCGUUGGCGAGGAUGAUGAUGUUAGCGAUAUCGAUCAAGACAUGAAAGGAAUCGGUGGCACUCAAGGGUUUGGUGCGUUCUUCGAAUCAAGCUACGAUCCCAGCAAGUCCAAGAAGGCUGGAGCCCUGUCUGCGUUUGGCAGAGCGCCCGCUUCCGUGACAGACUCGUCCCUGUCGCCUAUCGUGAGCAGCGACCCAAGUCAAAUCCAGGCCAGCUACGGAAAUUCCCAAGGAUCCAUUGAUGGCGCCUUGGACUUUCUUUCCGGAAAGUUCCCUACGCAGACUCAGUACGGCCGCAGCCCAUUUGCCGCGUCUGCUUCCUCAGAGUCUCAAGUUCCUCCGACACUGGGAUCUCAAGGCUCGAUAGAGUUCGAAUCUCAAAUACCCAGGAACAUGGAGCCUCGAUUUUUUGACGAUGACGACCUCAAUGAAACAACAUCCGACCCCGUCCUUUCCAGAUCCAGGAAUGCGUUUGAAGUCAUGUCGAUGGCAAUGAACCAGGAGUCCGGACUGCGGCGACUUCACAAGCGAGAGGCGAAGCCCAAGCGUGCCCCAAUUUCCAAAGCUGAGAAGUCGGCGUUUAUUGAAUACGAGGCUGAGGAAGAGGAGGAUGAAUACAUGGGAAUGGGAGGAAUCGACUAUGAAUCUGACGUCGACCACGACGAUUAUGACCUAGGGGACGGUAUGGUCGACACCAGUGUUGUCCUUGACAGCCAAGAUGUGGAAAAUGUCAAGCAGCUGCAUAUGAAACACGAGCAGGAUCAGCAUGACAAGGAGAUCUCGGACCUCGUUCAUGGUAUUGCAGCUGGCAAUUUGUGGAAGCGGCGCAACGGGCAGAUCGAUGACCUUGACCUCUUCGACGAGGAAGACAUGGAUGGUCGUUUCCGUCGAAAGAAGAAGCUCAAGGUGUCGGAGAAGUUUGAGAUGCUCGCCGACAACCCAAACACCGCGGCAUUUGCGAGAGCUUUCAAGAAGAACAUGGAUGAUGACCAGCUAAUCUUUUUGAGCGAUGCGGAUGAAAGUGCCGAGGAGGACGGGUCAUCAAAGGACGAUCAAGGUGGCCCUCCUAGCGUCGUAAAGGACCAACAACAUCGGAUGUCGGAUGACGCAGAGUCGAGUGAGGAGGACGAAGAAGGCGAAUUGUUAAACACGGACAAAAGGCAGGAGAGGUUGCGGAAGGCGCGUUUGGUUCGCGACGAGAGCGAUCAGAGUUUCUAUGGCUCGAUGGAUCCCGAUGCUAUUACAUCUAUGACCAAGGGACAAGUUUUACCGUUCGUUGUUGCAUCAGAGGGUGAUAGGAUCGCGGGCGAUUCCAAGACCCUUAUGACCCCUUCGACUCCAACACCUGUUCGAGGUACAUCAAAGUCAACGGACUCGUCAACUCGCGGGACAUCUGCCUCCCAAGGUGACGCCAUCGACGAGUACAAGGACGUCAUGCGGCGCACAAAGGUCAUCCGUGAUAUUCUCGAUGGGGUGGACGAGGUUGUUGAGGAUGGAGGCAUGACGUCGCCUUCGCGCGCAAGGUCAUCCUUAUUCGGUUUGCAGGAUAGGAUCGUUGACCGCACGUCGUUGUCAGACUCGUCUGUGGCCCGCCCUUCUGUGGAUGCCCCGUCUGGAUUUGUGCAAGGCUCCUCGCACAACGACGUUGACGUCAGCGCCAUUGUGCGACCACGUUUGCUGACUCGCCAAAAUUCCUCCUUCUUGUCCGAGGAUCGACGCAAUCAGUUUCUGAGCACCGUAGGCGAGGACAGCCGAGGCGGAAACGCAUCCACGCGUGUUGUUAAAGAGGUCAAUCGACGCAAGAUGGCCUUUGCAACGUCCAAGAAGUCGACUUCGACAGGCUCACUCUCGACAUCUUCUGCGGCAGCUGUGACUGUUACUUCUUCCUCCACAACGUCAACGACAACAACCGCAGCUUCAGUGACAAGGACAGCUAAGAUUGCAAACCUGAAAAACGUGGGCGUUCAACGUGCUAUGAGCGCGAGUGGGUCGGGCCGACUGCUGCGGAUUUUGUCGCUCGAGGGAGAGGAGUAA